CCUCUGACCCCGCAGUCAUGGCUGUGGUCAUCCGUCUGCAGGGACUGCCCAUCGUGGCCGGGACCAUGGACAUCCGACACUUCUUCUCAGGACUGACUAUCCCAGAUGGUGGCGUGCAUAUUGUGGGCGGGGAACAUGGGGAGGCGUUCAUCGUGUUCGCCACAGACGAGGACGCACGUCUCGGGAUGAUGCGUACGGGUGGUGCCAUCAAAGGCUCUAAAGUGUCUCUGUUACUGAGCAGCAAAACGGAGAUGCAGAACACCAUUGAGCUGAGCCGCCGCCGUUUUGAGCCCGCCCCUGCUGAGGCCCCACCCACCGGGACACGCCCCUCUGUCACGGCCCCGCCCUCGGCCACUCCCUCCGCCCCCCAGCGCCCAACCCAGUUCGCCGCUCCCGCUCCUGCACAAGAAUCCAAAGCCCCUCCCAACAUGGCUGCCACCUUCCCCCCCAGCUUCAGCUCUGCCCCGAGCUUCAGCUCCGCCCCUAGUUACAGCUCCGCCCCCACACUCACCACAGCACUGGCGUCUUUGAACCCACCUCUCACUGCACUGCCCAACAUGGCCCUGCCCCCCAUGCCUUCCCUCCCUCCCCCCUCCGUGCCCCCUGUCCCGCCCAUGUCCCACCUCACCCACAUGUCCCCCCUCCCCCCUUUUAACCCUUCCCUCCCCCCUCCUCUGGGCGCACCCAACCCUCUGCUCUUUAACCCUAUGACCCCGCUGACCUCACCCCUCUCCUCCCCCCUCACCCCUCUGGGGCUGCACAUGAAGACCGUGUCUAACCCUCCCCCUCUCUCCACCCCACUGACUCCAGACGAUCUUGUGCUAUCAGUGCAGAACUUGCCGUACUCGUGUUCGGAGGCGGAGCUUAGAGACUUCUUUAGGGGCGGGGCCGUGGAAGGUGUGCGUUUUAUGCGUGAUGCUCAGGGCCGGUCUACGGGGCGGGCUCUCGUCAGGUUCUUCUCUGCUCAGGACAGUUACGAGGCACUGAAGCGAGGGGGCGGGCCUCUGGGCCAGCGCUACAUAGAGGUUAGCCCUGCCUCUGAGCGCCAGUGGAACAGCGUGAGUGAGAAAGAGAUGGAGCCUCAGGAGCGUGGGCGUCUGGCUCAGGGCGGAGCUCCCAGAGAGCAGAGGGGGCGCUCUCGCUCUCCGCACAGACAGGACCUAUGUGUGUACCUCAAAGGUCUGCCCUAUGAGGUGGACAAGAACCAAGUGAAGGAGUUCUUCAAGAACCUGUCCGUGGUAGAGGACAGCAUGUACAUUGCCUAUGGCCCCAAUGGGAAGGCCACGGGCGAAGGCUUCGUGGAGUUCUGCUCGGAGCAGGACUAUAAGAGCGCUCUGGGCGCACACAUGCAGUACAUGGGCGCACGCUUCAUUCAGGUGCACCCUAUCACACGCAAAGGCAUGAUGGACAAGAUCGAACAGAUCCGCAAACGCGACAGUGAAUCCAAGAGCUCUGACUCCACACGGGCACCAAAGACCUGUUUGCACAUCACCAACAUCCCCUAUAACGUGUCCCGCAAGGAUGUGCGUGGCUUCCUGGAGGGACUUGGUCUGUAUGAGGACUCUCUUAAGGUUCUGACCGAUGCCCAUGGCAAUGGGUUGGGCCAAGCCGUGGUCCAGUUGCGCUUGGAGGAGGAUGCCAGAAAGGCAGAGCGAUUACACCGGCAGAAACUGAACGGACGCGAUGCCUUCGUGCACCUUGUCACCUAUGAGCACAUGAAGGAGGUGGAACGAAAUCCACCACCACAGAACAAACGGGGACAAAGGCCUGCCCUCGGUCAGGCCCCACCCCCCUCACACAUGACCCCACCUCCGACCCACUUGGGCCCACCCCCUGGACACGCCUUUGGGGCACUCGGCGAUGACUUCGGCUUCAUUCGGAACCCCACCCCCUUCGCCCCUCCCUUUUCCGCCCCUGGUAAUGGCCUGGCCCCACCUCCCGUCCCGCCCCUGGGUCCAGGCCUUGGCUUGGGCCCGGACCUGGGUGUCCCGCCCCCUCUGGUGCCUGGGCUGCCUGCGCCUUCCCUGGACCCGCCAGGCUUCAGGGCGGCCGCUCCAUUUGGUCAGGACCUGAGAGGUGCGGUCCCAUUCGACGGACGGAAAACGCCAAAUCGCAACAAUGGGAAUGCCCCCCCUCGGCCUGGAGCUCCUCCCCCCGCCUUUCCCCCUGACCCUGCCCUCCGCGGAGCUCCGCCUCCCACAGCUAAUGCUAAUAGCGGGCCAGCAGUGGUGAAGCUGCAGAACAUGCCCUUCACCGUGACACCCGACGAGAUCAUGGACUUCUUCUACGGGUACCAGGUGGUGCCAGGGUCUGUGUGUUUGCAGUUCAACGACAAAGGUCUGCCCACCGGAGAGGCUAUGGUCGCCUUCCACAGCGCCAAUGAGGCCGCGGCGGCCGUGUCCGACCUCAACGACAGGCCCAUUGGGGCGCGCAAGGUCAAGAUGAUGUCGGACUGCGUGUCUCUUGUGGAGCUCUCCAUCUCUUGCUCAAACCUUCUGGAUAAAGAUGUGGGCUCCAAGUCUGACCCUCUGUGUGUCCUCCUCCAGAAGAACCAGGAGACCUGGACUGAGGUGGGUCGUACGGAAAAGUUGAUGAACUCGUCCUCUCCAAGCUUCAGUACCAGACUCAGGGUCCAGUUUCACUUUGAGUCGGUCCAAAACCUCAAGUUCUGCAUCUAUGACAUCGACAACAAAACCAGCGACCUGAAAGACGAUGACUUCCUCGGUGGGGCUGAGCUCACACUGGGGCAGAUUGUGUCCAGUAAAAGUGUGACUCGUCCUCUCCAGCUGAAGAAAGACAAACCUGCAGGAAAAGGCUCCAUCACCGUCACUGCAGAGGAGGUCAAAGACAACAGAGCCCUUCAACUGGAGCUCGAGGCCAAGAACCUGGACAAGAAGGACACUUUUGGAAAGUCUGACCCAUUUCUAGAGAUCUUUAAACAGGGAGACGAUGGCAAGUGGGUCCUAGUCCAUCGCACAGAGGUGGUGAAGAACAAUCUGAACCCAGUGUGGAAGAAGUUCUGUGUUCCUCUUCAGACACUCUGCUCCGGAGACCUGGACCGACCUCUCAGGGUGGACUGCUCGGACCAUGAUUCAGACGGUUCUCACGAUCUGAUUGGCUCAUUCUCUUGCUCUGUGGCGGCACUGCAGAAGAUGGCGAGCUUCGACUGCAUUCACCCUGAGAAACAGAAGAAGAAGAAGAGCUACAAGAACUCAGGGAGCGUGCACGUUAAGAAUGCCAAAAUCCUAACCCAGUACACCUUCCUGGACUAUGUGAUGGGGGGCUGUCAGAUAAAUUUUACUGUGGGCAUAGACUUCACAGGGUCAAACGGAGACCCUCGCUCUCCUCAGUCUCUGCACUACAUGAGCCCUGACGGACUCAACCAGUAUCUGACCGCUCUGUGGUCAGUGGGACAGGUCAUCCAACACUAUGACAGUGACAAACUGUUUCCAGCUUUUGGAUUUGGAGCCAAACUUCCUCCAGACUAUCAGGUGGCUCAUCAUGACUUUGCUCUAAACUUUAACCCGUCAAGCCCGUACUGCCAAGGUAUAGAGGGCGUGGUGGAGGCUUACCGCAGAGUGCUGCCUCAGCUCAGACUCUCAGGACCCACAAACUUCAGUCCCAUCAUCAACCACGUGUCAUCCAUUGCCACCGGAGCUGCCACCAACAAUACUGCAUCUCAGUACUUCGUCCUCCUCAUCCUCACUGAUGGAGAGAUAACAGACUUGGACCAGACGAGCGACGCCAUCGUACGAAGCUCCGCUCUCCCGCUGUCAAUCAUUAUUGUGGGGGUGGGGCCAGCUGACUUCAGCGCCAUGAAGCUCUUGGAUGGAGACGACGGCAUCCUAAAGUCCACCAGUGGAGAGAAGGUGCACCGGGACAUCGUCCAGUUUGUACCCUUUAGGGACUUUAAAGAGGCCCCAAUGGCGGCUCUGGCUCAGUCAGUUCUGGCUGAAGUUCCAUCUCAAGUGGUGUCUUACUUCAAGAUGAGAGGCUUGGAGCCACUCAAGCCUCAAGAGAAGAAGUAGAACUACAAAAACUACAACUCCCACAACCCCUCUAGAGCCACAGGGACCAGCAAAAGAACUGCUCAGACGAAAUUCAACUCCCACACAGCCACAGGGACCAGCAACCAACAUCCAUUCAGAAAAUAACUACAAAAGAGCUGGUGGGGAAAAACCAACUCCCACUUGCCCCAAAAGACCCAGGACCAGAAAUAUGUUCUGAACAUAGACUGUAUAUAUAAAUGGACAUAGCUAACUUGCUAGCCGCCACGUUCCAAAUGGGAAGUGAUCAUGGCCGUGCUUCCGGCUCCAUUCACUUUCUAUUGAAAAACUAUUGCCCCUCUAUCCGUAACUGCUGCUGUCAGGCUUGUAAAUUUUGUGUUAAAAUGUUAAUAUUAACAUGCUCUACAAGAUCCUGGGGUUUUUAGUUUGCUUUUGUGUCCGUUAAUCAAGAUGUGAACAUUAAUAACGGGCAAAUCAAGAGCCUUCUUUACGUAAGGUUGCUUUUGGUAGCGUUAGCAACAGGUUUGAUUGACAGCUUUGCUAAAUGCCCACCCCUUGUCAAACCAGCGGGAAGGGCAGGAAGGGGGGUAACAGCCUCACUCCGGAUUGGCUUUUUGGCUGCUAUACUUGCGGUCGGAAUUCCAAAUGGAACUUUACUCCAAAUUCGGUCUUGUAACCCUAACCUCAAUGAGCCUCAUUUGACUGGAGCUGAGUGCUAAGGGUGACAUCACUUUCCCUUAGUCCAUUUCUUUAUACAGUCUAUGAUUGAAACACUACUCUGAUGACGUGGAUCUGUCCGAAGCAUGUCAGAAGUCACACUCCCUUAAUCCACUUCUUUAUAUGGUCCAGGAAAUGGACUACAAAACAAAACCUGCCAAAAACUACAAUUCCUACCAUAGGCUAGACACCACUUCAGCGAUUUCCAAAGGAAUUCUGAACAUUAUUCCAAUGCGUUUUCCAAAUAUACAUAAUUCCUUUGACUCCACUUUAAAAAGGGACUCAAAUGUGCAGAUUUUUGACCAAUUACACAUAGCCUUUAGCACUCGCUUCUAUUAACUGCACUUUUAUGGAUGAAUGCAUUCACGAAUGCAAUCACUAUCUAAUGGAGCUUUAACCUCUAUGCAAUUAAACCAGAUGUUUAUUUAAUGAAAUAUAAAGACGUAAAAAAAAAUAAAAAUCACUGCUGCCUUUAACAUAAUCAAGCACUUAGCACAGUUAGCACUAGCUUUAGCCACCAUGCAGUGUUUACAAAGGAAUUGUGAUACCAAUUCAAAGUCUAGACCUGGUUCAGAUGAUAUUCAAUUUGUGCCUAAAAUGAAAUGCUGUAUUGUACGUCUCAGUUCAGUCAUGUUUUCAUUUGAAAUGGUGGCUAGGCUUUGUACUUUUUUGCUGCGUCAAACCUUUCUGCCAAAGACUAAAACCUCACCAGAUGUCAGGUGAAGGUGAACACCUUCAAUCCCUGGUUGCCAGUAUGGUGUGAAUUUUGGUCCAAAAUAUUACAGCCAACCUUUUUUUUAAUGAAUAAAGUCAAUAAUGAAAAGUUUGUGUCU